AUGGCCGCGCUGCGCAAGGUGUUGGUGGUGAUCGGCACGACGGGUGCCGGCAAGACGAAGCUGUCGGUGGACCUGGCCAAGGCUGUGGGCGGUGAAAUCGUCAACUCGGAUGCGAUGCAGAUGUACCGCGGGCUGGACGUGGCCACGGCCAAGAUCACGGAGCAGGAGAAGCAGGGGGUGCCGCAUCAUCUCUUCGACGUCGUCGACCCGAGCUCUCGCUGCGACGUGCUGGAGUUCAAGCGCCUAGCGCUGCAGACCAUCGACGACAUUCUGGCCAGAGGUAAGGUGCCCAUCGUCGUGGGCGGCACCAUGUACUACACGCAGAGCAUCCUCUGGAAGUCGCAGCUGCUGGACGACGAGACACCCGAGGCGCUCUACGCGCGACUGCAAGCUGUGGACCCGGUGAUGGCGGCUCGGCUGCACGUGAACAACGUGCGCAAGGUGCAGCGCAGCCUGCAGGUGUUCGAGCAAACGGGUGUGCCCCACAGCGAGCUGCUGGCUCAGCAGGAGCGCGAGCAGCGGAAUGUCGAGCGGUAUUUUGAUGCAUGUGCCUUCUGGGUACACGCGAGUAAGCCGGUGCUGAGUGAGCGCCUGGCCAAGAGAGUGGAUACGAUGCUGAGCUCUGGCCUGGUGGAGGAGAUCCGCGGCCUGCGUGCCCACGUCAAGGAGAACCCGCCAAGACUGAGCCUCGACAGCGAUGGCGAAGAAGAAGCGCAGAACUCUGUCGGUAUUCUGCAAGCGAUCGGGUACAAGGAGUUCCAGCCGUACUUCGACGCGUUUGAGGCGACAGACGGCGCGGCGGAGGACCCCAAGGCACUUGAAACCAUCUUGGAGGCGUGCGUCGAGCAGUUGAACGUGGCCACGCGCCAGUACGCGCGUCGCCAGCUCUCGUGGAUCCGCAACAAGUUCGUGACCAAGAACAUCCCAGUCUACCAAGUGGACAGCAGUGAUGUAGCGAAGUGGGACGCGCUUGUAGCUCAACCUGCCAUUGAGAUCGCCCAAAAGUUCCUCAAGGGCGAAGAGAUCACCUCGCACCAAACUGUACAGCAACAGCAACCGGAGGCAGCUCAGGCUGCUUCAUUAGAGGACAAGUUCCAGAAAAAUACUUGCACGGUCUGCAACGGACGCGAGUUCACGGGUAAGAAGCAGUGGGCCGAGCACUUGCGGUCAAAGGGGCACAAGUACCAUCUCAAGCGCAUCCAGAUCGAGAAGGAGCGAGCAGAACGUGGUGAACCUCCUAUCUCCCACAAAAAGCGGCGUCAAGAAGACAAGCAAAGCGACACUUCACAGGCACAAACAGAUACAGCACCCUCAUCGUCUGGGUAAUAGAAUCCCAAGCGAUAACGUCUUGGUACAC